AUGAAGGUGGACGAGGAGUUCGAAUCGGAUCGUGUGAUCGAGGUUGAAACUGAUGAUGAAGAAAACCAGGCGGAGAGGAUCUGUGAGAAUGGCGAUGACUCUGAAUCCGAUUUUACGUGUCCCUCAAGACACCUCUCCAGUGAUUGCAUUGAUUGUAAUUCUCCUUCUUGGCCACAAAGCUAUAGGCUGUCCAUGGACAGGUUCACAAGCAUUAGUACCCCUCCACCAGUAAGCUUCCUAAAGGGCAGCCCCUUCUUGUCUUCACCAUUCAAGAGAUCGCAACCUUCUACACCAGAAUCUUUCCUCACCAGACCCCUUAUUACUGCAACAAGCUUAGACAAUGAAGAAUUGCCUACAUCAGCACUCCCUGUGAAGUUAUCUAUAGCAUACAGCUCGAGAUUCUCUCUCAGUGAAUCUCCACCAGCACAGCAGUGUUCAUAUGCCCAAUCAAUCCUUAAUACAAUAAAUGUUUUAUGCGGCAUAGGAAUUCUUUCAACUCCUUAUGCACUCAAAGAAGGAGGGUGGUUGAGCCUCUUGAUUCUAUUUUUCCUCGGUAUCAUUACUUGCUAUACUGGGAUCUUGUUGAAGAAAUGUUUAGAAAGCUCUCCUGGACUUCAAACUUACCCUGAUAUCGGACAGGCUGCUUUUGGGGUUGCUGGUCGCUGUCUGAUAUUUGAAUCAUGCAUUCUUGGUCAGUCGGAGGAGUAA